UAAUAAUAAUAAUAAUAAUUUUAAAAAAAAUUUUUAACUUAAAAAAAUAAAGUAUAGAUAAAAGUCAGCUGACAAUUUAGUUUCAGUUAAAAAUCAAAAUGUCUGGUUGAUUGUUUAUUUAUUUAGUUAGCAAGAAUAAUAAUAAUUAUUAUUAUAAAACCAUGGAUAAUAUGGAGACAACUACAGGAGGAGGAGAGACAGCUGGUGAAGAAGAAGAAGAUGUAUCAUUCCAUUUAGGAGAAUUAUUUAAUAGUUAUGAAGAGCUGGAGUGCAAGUUAGAAAAAUUUUCCAAGCGUAGCUUAGUCCAUUAUUGGAGACGAGACAGCAGAACUGUCAGCGGGGCUCACAUGAAAACUGCAAGGCAUAUUAGCGAGAAACUUAGAUAUUAUUCGGUCAAGUAUGCUUGUAUUUAUGGUGGCCAGAAAUUUCUACCACGUGGUGCUGGUAGAAGACAGUCACAAUCAAUCAGAACAAAUUGUCCUGCGCACAUCAUGUUAAGAGCAUCGAAAGACGGGAAUAAAUUAGAAGUCACUAGCGUAAAUAAUGACCAUAAUCAUGAAAUAUCUGAGGAAUUAUUCAAAAAAUUACCACAAGAAAGAAAAUUAUGCGGUGAAAUGAAACAAGAAGUCCAGGAACUUAUGCAGUUACACAUUGACCGUAAAAGAUUAAAAGAGUAUGUUCGUUUACGUACAAACAAAAUACUUAGAUCUAAAGAUUUAUUUAACAUUGCCGCCGCAAAUAAACAAAAGAAGACAAUAACUCCUGAGCGAGCGUACGAGUUGUUUGAGCGGAUUCGUGAUUUAGAAGAUUUACAAAACCGCAAUUCUAGCGGUAAAGUAUUUUCUGAAUCUGAUGAUGACACUUCACCGAGUGCCAAGCGUAUUAAAAAGGAACCUCAAUCACCUUGGGGGCAAGAUGAAUUAUCAUCAGAAUUAGCUGAAGCAAGUGAAGGUAAUGACGGGGAAGAUUCUUACACUCAAUUAUCGCAAGAAGAAGUUGUUGACGACAUGGAUACAACGGAAGAUCAAUUAUUAAGUACGAAUACCGACGGCGAUUUAAUUUCAGCGAACGGUGAAAUCGUAGGCGAGUUGGUAAUGCAAGAUGACCCGUCAGUUAUUAUUGAGUCAAUAGUUAACACAGACGAGUAUGGCGACGAGCGUAACUUUGGAAGUUACCGCGAUGACGAUCAUCACUUGAAGCAUCAGGUUGACGACCACACUGAUACCGAAGUGUUGUCAAUUGAUCCCAUUGGAGCAGACGCUGAAAUAGAUAAGCUCUCGAAGACCCCGUCUAAUUCACCUGUGCCUGGACAAACGAUAGAAUCGCUGUCGGCGGAUAUUGAUGAUCAUUCACCCGAGUUAAAUCAAAAUCACUCGCACUCUCAUCAUAUUAAUCAAGACUCUCAUAGAAUUUGGAUUAUGAAAGAGUCGCCGACUCAUCAAACUGAUAACUUUGUUGAUGAUGAUGAUGAUGAUGAUGAUGGUGGUAUAAAAACGUCUGCUGUAGAAGCUGCUGAAUGUAGACCAGUUACCACUACAAUUAAUGGUGAAGAAAAUUCGGAUGUUAAUGAAGUUGUUUUUGCAGAAGAGGCUAGUCAUCAGUUAUUAUUGGAACAGCUUGCAGUCUUGAGAGCUGAAAAAAAUAAAUUGCAUCAUGAAACAGAAAUGCUUAAGCUGAAAAAAAAUAAACUUAAAUUACAAAUUGAUUGUUUUACGAGUGAACUCAGUAAGCAGGAAAUGGAAAAAGAAAAAUUGAGAUUGGAAAUAACAUUACUUAAGUCUAAAGUCGAUGGUGAUGGUGUUUCUUUGUUGUUUGUACCUUAAUUUGGUUAAGAUAUGAUUAUUGAAACAUGUGAAUAAGACUACUGUUAGGUUACUGAUUAAUAUUAAUAUUAUUAUUAUUAUUAAAUAUUUUAUGAGUUUACUUAUAAGCGUAUUUAUAAUAACGGUCUAAAAAGUAUUGUGAGGAAAAAUAAAGAGAAGUUUUUUAAAUGUAUAGAGGGAACUAUUUAUGAUAAUAAUGCAUUUUUAAUUCGCUCAUUAUUAAUAAUACAUUAGAUUUAUAUCGAUGGAUGAUUAUAUUUUCAUUAUUGAAUGACUGGUUAGAAUAUUUUUUGAAAUUUCAUGAGAUAAGUUUAUGGAAAAAAUAAGACUUGCGCUGAGGUAUUUUUAGUAAAGUUGACAUGAAAAUGCAGCUUAUUAAAUAAUUGCCAAUAAACAAUUGUAAUCUUUAUUAAUUAAUAAUAAAUGUUUGUGGGAAAUUUAA